AUGGUUGGUUCAGCAUUGAGAGCAUCCGUCCUCAUAACUGUCCUGCUGUCCGCCGUGAACGUUCAGGCCGGAGUGGUCAGCACAGCUCAGUGCUUGCCAGAGUAUAGAUGGAUGAACAACAGUCUUGGGCAGAGUCCAUGUCUUAUGGGUGCCUAUCUCCAGGCUCGAUGCUUCGCAGGAUCGUUCACGGUACCACCACUGAAAGAUGGAUACAUAUAUGUCGGGCCCAAAAACUCAUCGCUAUCGACAUGUUCAUGUUCUUCCGUCACAUAUUCCAUGUUAGCGGCUUGCGGGAUAUGCCAGGGCCAGGACUUCCAAUCAUGGUAUGACUGGGCAUAUUACUGUGUUGAUGAAUUCCUUGUGCCCGAGGGGUUUUAUCCAGCAUCCCUUGACCCGGGGACCCGAAUUCCGAGCUGGGCAUAUACCAAACCCUCCGACACAGGUGGUACUUUUGACAAAGUGCGGGCGAAACAAAUUGGCGAUCGCUUCGAGUACAGUGAAACACUACCCGUAACUACAACUACAGACUCCUCGUCCACUUCGACCCUCUCUAUCACCAAUUCUUUCCCAACAUCGAGUGCAAGUCUACCAUUGAUGACCCCGUCUACUGCGGCAAAAGCCAAGGACCGAACAGGGUGGAUAGUGGGCGCCAUUGUUGGCUCCCUCCUUUCCGUGGCGGCCCUCAUAGGAGGGGUGGUUAUUUAUUCCGCCAUUCGAGCCAAACGGCGAAUCCCACCCUCAGCCGCACACAAUGCAUUAUACCGUUCAUAUGGCAAUCGCGAUGCGAUGUACGCAAGAGUGCCGGAUCCGCAGAAAGAGGAUAGAGACGCCGAAGAGUAUGAAUUUGUUGUUGAGGAUGACGUGCGGACGAGACAUCAGGCAAGGAUGUCGAAUAGCUUUGCUCGGACGUCAAGUGAAUGGGAUGUUCCGAGGUUUCAGGAAUACGGACAGCAGAUGUAUCCGCCGAGCCGGCCGUCAACGGCCCAGGAGCGUACGUCUUAUGGAGGCGACAGUAUUGCGAUGCAUCAGCGUUCACCUGAGACGUCGCGGUAUUCUGAAGAUCUGGAAGUUUCCCGUUCGCAUUCGAUGCCCACAUUACCAUCACCCUCACAACAUCCCCUUGUUUCUCAGCAGACAUACACAGGCGCGGCCGAAAUUUGAAGGGUUCGAGAAUCUCUCACAGCAACCACUUUCUGAGAGGAUUGUCAUGAUUUUUGGGUUACAAUUAUUUACGGUGGUUAUAUAUCAUUGCAUUUUGGUUUUUCAUGGGACUGGACUUGCUUGUUAAUGUUGUAAUUCCCCACAACUUAGAGGACUCGUUGACUGAUGGCACCAGUUUCUGCUCCUACACAUCUUCCGCCAUCUUCCGGUUGCUGUCGGAAACACCAUUUUGCCUCAAUAUACACGAGAGGUAAAGAGGAACAUGCAACAUCCUCAACGUUUCACCCGUCAUCCGCUU